GGCUGGGCUAUCUGCACCGACCAGAGGGCGGGCAUGGCCCUGGGCGCGGCCUUGGUGCUCGAAGGGAACUCACAGCCCUCGGCCCCAACAGCCUCGUUGCUACCUGCCCUGGCAGAGGAGGUUGUGGACGCCUUCGCUGCGCUUGGGCACGACGUGUUCAGGGGCAACAAUGUUUACUGUUGCAGGCGCUGCGGAUCUCACUGUGCUGCGGGGGAUGCCCGCGCACUGCGGAAGCUUGAUUUGAGGUGCGAUGGGCUCUCGCCCAACGAGUCCACGCGCCGCAACCGGCAAGAUGCGAUCAGGCGCGUCGAAAAGGGGCCUGGGGGGCUCCUCUUGCAGCCACGCGGCGCGUUGAUCGACCAUGUCGUGAUUCGCUGCCGUGCCGUGGUCGGCUGGUGGAACGGCGACCUCGUCUGUGGCGACGCCUCAUUCGUCGGCGGCAAUUUGGCCUGCGUCGACGCGCCCCUGACCCUCUUCCUCUGCGAGUGGGUCUUCCUCCACACUUUCUUCAACCUUGCCCUCUCCGCCAUGGUGGCGUGA